AGCGCCGCCUGGCGGGAGGAAGUGACGCGCCGGAAGCGAGUGGCUGUGCGGAAGUGGCGGCGGAGCCAUGGAGCUGAGCGAGAUGCUGUACAACAAGUCCGAGUACAUCGAGACGGCGUCCGGCAAUAAGGUGAGCCGACAGUCCGUGCUGUGCGGCAGCCAGAACAUCGUUCUCAACGGCAAGACCAUAGUUAUGAACGACUGCAUCAUCCGCGGGGACCUGGCAAACGUACGUGUUGGCCGACACUGUGUGGUGAAAAGCCGCAGUGUCAUUAGACCACCCUUCAAGAAGUUUAGUAAAGGGGUGGCUUUUUUCCCUCUCCACAUUGGUGAUCAUGUCUUCAUAGAAGAGGACUGCAUUGUCAACGCAGCCCAGAUUGGCUCCUAUGUCCACAUAGGCAAGAACUGUGUCAUUGGUCGUAGGUGUGUUUUGAAAGACUGCUGCAAAAUCUUAGACAACACGGUACUACCUCCUGAAACAGUAGUCCCACCUUUCACAGUCUUCUCGGGCUGCCCAGGACUCUUCUCUGGGGAACUCCCGGAAUGUACCCAGGAACUCAUGAUUGACGUUACAAAGAGCUAUUACCAGAAGUUUUUGCCACUCACUCAGGUGGCCUCUGCCAGGGUCUAAACCCAAGUCUCCACUGAAGAUCUCAAACACUCAGCACUGUUAACAUUCCUUAGAUUUGGCCACUUUGUCUUCCUGUCCUCUGAAGCGUCCCUCUGACCUGGGCUCACCUCCUCACCUCUGCCAGCUCGGGGAAGAUGGAGCGUCAGUAGGUUGCGGCGUGGUGCCACCGAGUUUCUGAUGGACAACAUUCAGUCUAGCCCAGUGCAAUAAAAGGGAACUUCCGAGGGAGGGCUUUGCUGCGUGGCCACAGCGGAGGUGUAGGUGCAUGGGGGAAGCAUGCCCCCCCAGGGAGGGGAAUUCCUUCUUUCAGGAAUCUUGUACAAACAGUGAUCGCUUCAAACACUGAGUCGCUGUAUUGCUUCA